GCCGGGGCCGUGCCUGGGCGAACGGCUGGAGCGGGCUAAGCUGGCCAGACCCGGGAUGGCGGUGGCCCUGGCGCGGGUCCCGGUGGCACCCGGCGCGAGUUCCUGAGCUGGUGCCAGGCAGGUGACACUCCCUGCAGUUCCCAGCAUGCAGGCGGGCCCCGGCCCCACCGUCACACUGGCCCUGGUGCUGGCGGUGGCAUGGGCCAUGGAGCUCAAGCCUACAGCACCACCCAUCUUCACUGGCCGGCCCUUCGUGGUAGCAUGGGAUGUGCCCACACAGGAUUGUGGCCCACGGCACAAGGUGCCAUUGGACCUCAAGGCCUUCGACGUGCAAGCGUCCCCUAACGAGGGUUUUGUGAACCAGAACAUCACCAUCUUCUACCACGACCGCCUGGGCCUGUAUCCGCACUUCGACGCAGCGGGGAGGUCCGUGCACGGCGGCGUGCCGCAGAACGGCAGCCUCUGGGCACACCUGAAGAUGCUGCAGCCACGCGUGGAGCACUACAUUCGGACACAGGAGCCUCCGGGACUGGCCGUCAUCGACUGGGAGGACUGGCGGCCAGUGUGGGUGCGCAACUGGCAGGACAAGGACGUGUACCGCCGGUCAUCCCGCCAGCUGGUGGCUGGGCGUCACCCCAACUGGUCCGCGGACUGCGUCGUCAAGCAUGCGCAGUACGAGUUCGAGUUCGCGGCGCGACAGUUCAUGCUGGAGACACUACGCUAUGUCAAAGCGGUGCGACCUCACCACCUCUGGGGCUUCUACCUCUUUCCCGACUGCUACAAUCACGAUUACGCGCAGAACUGGGAGAGCUACACGGGCCGCUGCCCGGACGUGGAGGUGGCCCGCAACGACCAGCUGGCCUGGCUGUGGGCCGAGAGCACGGCCCUCUACCCCUCCGUCUACCUGGACGAGACCCUGGCUUCCUCUGUCCACAGCCGCAACUUUGUCAGUUUCCGUGUCCAGGAGGCCCUUCGCGUGGCUCACACCCAUCACGCUAACCAUGCGCUCCCCGUCUACGUCUUCACACGGCCCACCUACAGCCGCAGGCUCACGGGGCUUAGUGAGAUGGACCUCAUCUCCACCAUCGGAGAGAGCGCAGCCCUGGGUGCCGCUGGGGUCAUCCUCUGGGGCGAUGCAGGGUACACCACGAGCAUGGAGACCUGCCAGUACCUCAAGGAUUACCUGACACGACUGCUGGUUCCCUACGUGGUCAAUGUGUCCUGGGCCACCCAGUAUUGCAGCUGGGCCCAGUGCCACGGCCAUGGGCGCUGCUUGCGCCGCAACCCCAACGCCAACACCUUCCUGCACCUCAGUGCCAGCAGCUUCCGCCUGGUGCCUGGCCUUGAACCUGGGGAGCCCCAGCUGCGACCCGAGGGGAAGCUCAGCUGGGCUGACCUUGACCACCUGCAGACACACUUCCGCUGCCAGUGCUACUUGGGCUGGGGUGGCGAGCAGUGUCAGUGGGACAACAGGCGGGCAGCUGGAGGUGCCAGUGAGGCCUGGGCUGGGUCCUACCUCAGCAGCCUGCUGGCUGUGGCAGCCCUGACCCUCACCUGGACCUUGUAGCCGGGGUCCCCCACCUGGCUACCAAGCGAGCUGACCUCUCUGCCACAAGGGCUCUCCUGGGCACAUAGGAGCCUGUAGGGGUAUACAGAUUGGGAGUCUGGAGGGGCAGAGCCCUAGGGGUGCCUACCAGGACAUCCAUGCCAGCUCUCACCCCCCUGUUCUAAGGGGGAGGGGAAGUCCCCUGGGAGGCCCCUGCUCCCCUGCCCCUGGAUAUUUUAUUAUUUUGGGGUCUCUUUUAUAAAUUAAAUAUAAACAACUGCUUCUGUGCUUGACCUUCUGUGCAGCUGG